AGUUCGACUUCCGGCAUCAAAAAUCCAGUCACAGACAGUAUUGGGUUAUUUUCACUGCUUCCUUGACUUUGAACGGAUGGUUUAGUACAAAAAGCCUGUCAAAAUGCCCCCCAAGCAGAGACGAAUAGCCAUUAUGGGCUACAGAUCUGUUGGUAAAUCGUCUUUAACAAUUCAGUUUGUGGAGAACCAUUUUGUCGACUCUUAUGACCCAACUAUUGAAAACACUUUUCAGAAAAUGAUAACUAUUCGAGGCCAGGAGUUUGCCCUUCAGCUUGUGGACACUGCUGGCCAGGAUGAAUACUCUCUACCUCCACAGUCUUACUAUGUCAACAUUGAUGGCUAUGUUCUGGUUUACUCAACAAACUCACAGAAAAGCUUUGAAGUGGUGAAGUUUGUGUACGACAGAAUCCUGGACAUGAAGGGAACAAACAUAGUACCAGUGGUUUUGGUUGGAAACAAAAGUGACCUUAGAAUGGAAAGAGAGGUGUCCUUUGAAAAAGGUAAAGAAUUAGCAGAUUCCUGGAAGGCGCCAUUUCUGGAAUCUUCAGCAAAAGAAAAUCAGAGAGUGGAAGAAAUAUUCAAGUGCAUCAUUUCAAGAAUGGAGCGUUCAGAAAACAUAGGGCAACAGAAGAGUGGAUGUGUGUUAUCAUAGACUCCUGGUAGUAAUACAUGUUACAUCAUAUCACAUGCUUCUGCAACAGACAAGGACGGUCAGAACCAAGGAGGGUCUACAGUUACCAUGGCAACAUAUGUCUCAUAUACACUAUCUUGUCAUUUCUUGAUGUCAUAUAUAUAUAAAAGAGUAUGUAAUUUUCUCCCUUAUAUGUGUCUGAUAUGAUAUUACUCUCUUAUUAAAUAUUUUGAUGAAAAUAAUUGACUUUAAAAUAUGUCAAAAUAUAAUGUAUUUUAAUGUAAUUUUAGUGUGAUUUUAAUUGUGUUUCUUUCAUUUUGUAAUCAAAAGUGUAUAAACAUCAUACAGAAAAGCUAGUCCUAUCUUUCAGUGAAUCCUAAAUAAUUAUGCUAGCUGUGUAUUGAUUUGUGAAUAUGGUUGAUUGUAUAUAACAUUUUGUCAUCGAUUAUGCACAGUGCUUCUAUUGUUGCCUUAGUAAUGACAAAAUCUUUUUCGUUAUUGGAAAUCCAGUGUGACAUUUUCAGAUACUGUCUCUGAAUUGAUGAAGUGUGAUGUAGGAAGGGUUUAAUGCUUCAAACCUUCAUCUUCCUACGUGUUCAGAGAUCAAAACGUGCUUUAUCAAUAUCAUGAACAAAUUCGGUGCAACUUUUUUGUUAGGUUUUUCUUAGUCACUGUCAUUGACAGCUGGAUCUCAAUAGACCAGGUCGCUUAUGCAAAUGUGAUGUAUCUUAUUCAGUAUCUAGGGCAGUGGGGUAGCCUAGUAGUUAAAGCUUUCACUGGUCAAGCCGAAGCCCCGGGUUCGAUUCCCCACAAGGGUACAUUGUGUGAAACCCAUUUCUGGUGUCCCCUGCCGUAAAACCAUAUUCACUCACUCUAUUCACUAUCUAAAGCGCCCAAGUAGGAGAGAACAGCAAUUUUGGACUGCUUUUUUAAUUAGGUUCAUAUUCUGUAUACUAUACUAUGCCAGAUGUAAUUCUUGGUUUAUACUUAUAUUAUUGAAAGAUUUUGAUCAGUAAGCAGCUGGUAGUUUGGAAAAAAGGGAAUUGAAAUGAAAAUGUCACUUUUGAAAAUUAUCAUGAAAACAGAAACAUUGUUUUGUAUGAGAUGGGGAGGAGGCGCUUAUUCAAACAGGAGCUUAGUUAAUUGAAUAGAACCAUUUCAAGUUAGUUGUUGUACUGUGGUUGCCAUGUGAGAAAUGUUUAUCGUGUUUCGAGCCAUUAGCAAGUCAUAACUAUGCAGAAUGGAGGCCUACAGCCUGCUGAGUGUACUGCUGACUGAAGCAUGAUGGGACAUUGGCAGAAGUUUCAUCAAGGAUGAUUACUAAAUAUCAUUGUGUAUUCAAGGAUAAUAACAUUUAAAUUGUCUGUUGAUCAGACUCAAUACACAGUGUGGAUUUGCUGCCCAUGGGUGAUGCCCCACAUGGAUAUAAUGUGUGACAUUCCAUUUCUGGUGAACACUACCAGGAUAUUGCUGGAAUAUUGCUAAAAGGGGUGCAAACCCACUCACUCACUCACUCAGUCUCCUAAAACACUGUUAAUGUAACCUGAGCAGUAGUUGAGGUUACCAUGACAGCUUAUGACAGUGCCAGGUAGUGCUGAAGAGUGUGAGGUGUUGUGUUUCACCGUAACAGUCUAGAAAUGCUACUUUUAAGAUGGUAUGUCUUUUUCACAAUUUGAAUAUGAAAUACUACGUGUUAUUGAAGGUCCUUAUUAUCUGUUGGACAGUCACAUUGUUUGACUUGUUAUUGAAAAGCGUGCUUCCUUUGAAUUUCUUCUUUCAUAUUCGCAGAUGUGUACCGUUUUUUCUGAUGUGUUCUUCAAUGUGACAUUAAUAAUGAAUUCAGUUCAUAUCAACUGGAUACCUUUAACCUAAGCAAAGGUUUGUUUAUAUUAGUAAUAAUGUAAUCCAGAUUCCUGUAUUCAGUUUCAGAGUGUAUACGCCUUCCUGAGGCAAGGGAAGUAACUGACUGUGACUAUAUUGAAUGUCCAGUCUCCACCCUUGCCAAACAAGGCUGGAAUUUCAGAGUUGUAUUUUGUCUGUACAAGGCUUUGCACAGUCCAAUCACAAUCAUGGCAAUCAAUAAACAUCUUGUUUAGAAACAACAUGGCAGCUGCUGUGCAGAUUUUACAGCCAAUUAACUCCCUUACCUCAGGAUGAUGAUGAUGAUGAUGAUGAUGAUGAUGAUGAUGAUGAUGAUGAUGAUGAUGAUGAUGUGGUUUACGGGACCUUUUUAGUCCUGGCAUAUAUAUAUGGAAAUGUAUCAUUAUUUUCAGUGCACUUUGAAAAGUGUAUCAGUAAAUGGUUUAUAAUAUAGAGCUACCCUAACAUCGCAAUAUAACUCUUCCAGAAAAGAUGAUUAAAUGUUUACUCAACAACAUUUUAGAAAUGUAAAGACACAUGUUGAUUUCAUCAUUUGUAGUGAUACAGUUAUACUUAUAAGUAUUCUUAUGUUACAUUGUUGCUCUGUCAUGUGACAUAGUUUUCCUUUGUUUAAUCCAGUCUAAGGUAUUGCAAAUUGCUGCACUGAGUUGCAUCCCUUGGGCCUGCCAGGAACCUGUGACCAUGGGUUCAUUGUUUCUUGGUUUAGUCAGCACCUCACACUGACAGUUUCACUAGAAGAUAGAGGCCUGCAUCACUGAGAUUUGCUCCAACAUUAAGCUGACGUGCCACAAUAUAACUGAAAUACUCUGAAGGUGAUGUUAAGAUAAUUUCACAUCGUCACUUCUUUGUUAAGCGCCACAUUUUUGCGCCUACAUCUUUUCUGAGAUGAUCUGGUUUCUUGAUAUAAAUAACCUACAUAUUAUUCUCAAUGGAGUUGAGCAUGACAAGGGUACACUGUAGAUGGAUGUGGCUUAGAUUGUACAGUGGUUGUGGAGCUGAUGGUAUAGGAUUCCUUCAUCUGCUGAUAUAGUUAGCUUCUUUCUUUCAUAGAUAUACUGCAAAAACAAAGUUAAGGAUCAUCCGAUUCUUUAAUGACCCCAUAGUAAAUCUUAUCUCCCUUGACAGAUUCACUUCAGUGACAUAGAAGAAUUGGGUGUUCCUUUACUUAUUUUCAGUAGUAUAUAUCAGUGUGUAAAUAUUUAUGUUACAGAAUACGAUCAUAAUACAUCAGUUGUAGGCUUUGUCUCUACUAAUCAAAUAUAUAAACUAACUUUUCUCCAGUUUGGACAAAAAUCUAAUGAUUAAUUUACAUUAAUUAAGUUAACAUGGCGUGAGGCAUGAAUAGAAUUCUGUAUUAUCUUGAAACUUUAGCAAAAGAAAUAGAACUGAAUGAAAGUCUUUGAUUAGGAACAGCAUCUCAGUGUGCAAAAUUGUGUCCCUUACAUAAAACACUCAGGCUGCUGUAAUGUUACUGGAAUAUUCCCAAGUGCGGCGCUACGCAAGAAACGGUGGGAAGUCAACCCUCAGGACAUGAUACAUUGUUCAUCAGGAUUACAGAUAUUCCAUUAUACAUUGCUGCGUGUGUUAUACAUGGGCGAGAAUAUCACCAGGUAACGGGUGGCAGCCAUGUCUGUGGCUACUGAUUGGUUGUCUGUUGGUCAUGACCCCUUGUGUUUCAUUUACUGAUUUGUUUUUGCGGAAUAUCAUUUCUAACAUUUAUAUGAUGCACAUUACAGUUUGCCCACAUUGAUUAGGAGGUGGUCAACUUAAAGUCUAUUAAGCUGCAUUCUUGGUAUCACAGUGCAGUACACCGUAGGCCAGGAAAUGACAGAUACCUGGAUGCCAGUAUUUCAGUGCUAGGAUUUAUUGUUCAUCUGUUAAUCUUUCAAAGAGUGAUAGGGGCAGUGGGGUAGCCUAGUGGUUAAAGAGUUCGCUCAUCACGGCGAAGACCCGGGUUCGAAUCCCCACAUGGGUACAAUGUGUGAAGCCCAUUUCUGGUGUCCCCUGCCAUGAUGCUGCUGGAAUAUUCCUGAAAGCGGCGUAAAACCAAACUCAGUCAGUCAGUCAGUCAAAGAGUAAUACAUCAGUGAAAUAUUUAUCAAUAAGCAUAGGAGCCUGCUUAGUCAUGUAUUUUGUUUGAAAUUCCCAGCCUAAAUUGCUAGUACAAGCUUUCACUGAUUUGACUGUAGUGCUUUUAGACUGGUUGCCAGACAACUUAAGUGGAAUGCUAGAUGCCGAAGGUUGGGGUUGGACCCCUUGAAAAUAUGUUCCAAAUAUACACUUCUAGGUGAUGUGAAUCAUUGAUGAUGCAUCACUGGCUUUUCCCAAACAUCAAUGUGUCACAGUAGAAAGACUGAUCUCAUCCAAUGAAUGCAUUCAGUAAACAUUACUCUUGACUCAAACAAAUUAUUCAGUAAUAAUCUAUUGAGCAAUGACAAAUUUAUAUUAGAAUUAAUUGAAAUAAUACAAUGUCAAUAUGUCAUGAAUAAUUACUACCUAAAUGUCACAAAAUUGAAAAUUUAGCCUCAAUAUUUCAGGCAAUGAUACUUACAGCCUUGACCUUAAUGGUUCAAACGAGAGUAGCCUCCCCAUAACCAAGAUGGCUGCCACUAUGCAUUUUGUGAUUUUAUUGCUUCAGUGUUUUACAAUUAUAUUAAGAAAAAGAAAAGAAUGUUCCUAUCUGAAAGAUUUGCUGGUUCCAUGAAAACAAUUGGGUUACUGAGAUGUAACUUGAAAUGCAGAGACUGACUUUAAAAUGCUGGUUUUAUAAGGCCAUUAGAUGUUUUUGUAGCUGGAAAUGUUUAAGUGCUUUGUUUUGUCGAAUAGUUUUGAAAUGGGAGAUGAACAUGCCAUUCACUGAUAAGAAUACUACGCAUUUAUGUUUGAGAUGUUCAGCAAGGGAGAACUGUUAAGUCACAAGUUCCUAUUUUUUGUCAUGAGUUAAAAUGUAUUUGAUAGGCAACCAUUGUUGCUUUUGUAAAUAGAACACUGGAAAACAGGUAGGAUAUGCUUUGAGACAGUAAUCAGCAAGUAUGUUUAAUCAACUACAGAUAUUUUGCCUUUAUUUUUCCUAUGUUAACCCAAUGUCCUUGCUGCCAUUUUAAUGGACAUUUUUCUAGUGUGCUUACAUUUUAACUAAAACAAGAUUUCCUAAUCAUUGAUGGUUAAUUGGGUGCCAGGUUAUUAAAAAUGAACAAAUUCAUAUGUUUUAUUUGAAUGUAAUCCUUUGAAACGUAUAUCACUUGAUAGAAUUUAGUUUUCAAAAUUUGACUGCACAGAUUGUGUUUUUGGUUAAUUCUGUUUUCGUGUCAUAUUUGACAGGUAUAAUGAUCAUGAUAAAAGGAGAUUUGAAAUUGUUUUAUUUUCAUGGAAAUGCUUCUAUCACUGAGUCAAGUGUUGGCAUAACAGCUGUUGUCAGAAUUUGUAAAAAAAAGAAUAGAUAAGAAUUUAUCAAUUUUAAUGUGUACCACCAACUGUGUAAUAAAACCUUAUUAACCUCCAUAUUACAUACACAUGCCACAUGAUAAUGUAUCAGAACUUCAGUACAACAUUUGUGAAUCAUUUCGAUUGCAGAUGGAUUUUUGCUGAUACUAAUUAUAAUAUGAUGUGUUACAAUCAGUUUGUUGUAGUAAAGUCUUUGACUCUGCCAUACUUGUGAUGCAAGCCAACAUAUAGGUAUCUGUGGUAGGCCAGGUAACUAGGAUGUGUGACUCUACCCAGAUGGUUUGAUGUGAUGCUCAUGCUUUCGACCACUGGUUUGACUGGUCAGAAGUUGGUUAAUUACAAGCUGCAGUGAUAUGUGGGAAUAUUGCUGUUUGUGGCUUCAAACAACACUCACUCACUAACGUUAAGUUAGGUAAGAGGGAUUUUUGCUUGUUUUCAUCAGGUUUGAUUGGCAAAAUAUUGGUGCAUGUAGAUCUCAUUAUUUAGUGAAAUUUUCAUAAAUAUAUAUGAUUAACAGCUUGUCUUAUCUAUUUAUCAUGUGUACAAGUAAAUGUUUUGAAGAUUUUAGCAGUUCUAAGAAUGGUGUUGGUGGAAUUCCUGAAAGACAUACAAUUAUGUUAUACCUUUCCUGUGAUGAAUCUAAUAUGUACCUAUAUCUGAGACUUUGAUAUAUAUCAUAGUGGCUUUUAUUGAUUGAAGAGAAACCUUGCUCGUGUAUCAUACACUGAUUCAUCAUAAUCCUUGUAAAAUUUCCUGUACAUAAAUUUGUGUAGAAGACUUUGUCUUUAGGAUUAGUAAUAAAUGUUCUGAAAGGUG